AUGACGAAUCGCUCCGAACACCUGACACCAGAUGAAACCAAAAAAUUACAAGAAAUAGCUGGAUAUGGAGGUACACUUAAGGCCCUCGCAAUAGCGCAGGUGUACAAGGGAGACACACGAUUACAAUGGAAUUACUUUAAGACGGGUGUUGUUACGGUGGAGGAUAAUCCAAGAAACCUUUACACCUGCCUGUGCGUCUAUGAUGUACAUGCAGGUAAAAGGUGCUGGACACAGAAUCUGUUCAAAGAGAUGGCGUACAUUGAUAAUAAUCCGCAGUUUCACUGCUUUCACGGCGAUGAAGGUGCCGUGGGUCUGAACUUCCUUGACCCGAGUGAGGCAUCUCUCUUUCGAGACGCUGUGAUCUAUUAUCUAAGGAGUAGAGAGCAAAAGACCGACCUCAGUCGAAAAAAAAGUGUUUCUAUAGGCAAGAAGGCAAAGACAACUUUGCACAGAACCAUGAGCCAAGCGGUGAAUAUUACUUAUGAUCGAGAAUCCUUUACACAGAGAGCGCACGUCGGUUAUGUCGACGGCCGUUUUGAGGUUAAGGCUGGUGACAUGGAAACUGCCAAUGCACUUUUGAAGGCGCUGGGUGGUCGGGUUACCGUGAAAAACGCGGAAGAAAUGAAAACAGUCAUGAAGUUUAUUAAUGAAGUGGGAAUUGACAAGGCAAGUUCUAUCAUGCUAAAUCCGCUUCCAAUCAAUGCUCUUAAUGUUGUUAUGCAGGUUUCAUAUUUUGACAGCCCUUGCAUCCCAUUGACCCUUUAA